AUCGCAUUGCGUUUAUUCACGGCGAGAAUGGCGUUGCUCGACGUUUGUCUUCCUUCGCUGUCCUGGCCCCGGGAAUGCACCGUCGCACCUGCUGGGGCGAAAUAUAAGUCCCCGGGAGGUCUGCUGGAGCCUCCUUAUUGUAGAACCAGUUUUAUUCUUCCACCUGGUUACGAUGCAGUUACGUUUCUUCAACCAUACACUGAAGGAGAUGGAAAAGUAAAGCUGGAAUUUAACCACGGCACAACUACAUUAGCAUUUAAAUUCCAGCACGGUGUUAUUGUGGCAGUGGAUUCCAGGUGUACAGCAGGGAAGUAUAUAGACACACAAUAUUUUAAGAAGGUAAUUGAGAUAAACCCUUACCUUCUGGGUACCAUGUCUGGAAGUGCUGCAGAUUGUGUUUACUGGGAGCGAUUGCUGGCUCAACAGUGCAGAAUAUACCGACUAAGAAACAAGGAAGAAAUCUCUGUCUCAGCUGCUUCCAAGUUGCUAUCGAACAUGCUUAGUGGGUACAGGGGAAUGGGACUUUCAGUAGGCAGCAUGAUUUGUGGAUGGGACAAAAAGGGUCCAGGUUUGUACUACAUAGAUGACAAUGGCACACGGCUGUCAGGCCACAUGUUCUCCACAGGCUCUGGCCAUGCUUAUGCAUAUGGAGUAAUGGAUAGUGGCUGGAGGCAAGACCUGUCAGUGCCCGAAGCAUAUGACUUGGCCCAGCGUGCCAUUUAUCAUGCCACCCAUCGGGAUGCUUAUUCUGGUGGAACCGUAAACAUGUACCACAUGAAGAAAGAUGGCUGGAUCAAAGUAUCCCAGGAAGAUGUUGGAAAGCUACAUGACAGAUAUGCAAAAGAGAAAAAAUAAUUUUUGCACAUUUCUGCAUGCUUGUCAGAGCAGCACUAGAUGUUUAGAAUUAACUGAUUUUAUUAAAUAGUGCACACCUUUAAGAAAGGGUCACAUUUCACUUACAGUGGGAGAGUGUCUCAGUGUGAAAAAAACAGCACAGAGUACAGUUUAUUUCUGAACUACUGUUGCGUUCCAGUUUAUUUAAUUAUGUCAUAUGUCAUACAUGUAAACAUAUAAACUGCAUUUGUUACAAAAGUC